CCCCUGCAGUUAGCCCAGAGGGAUUUUUGAAAAUCAGCCCAAAAACGAAGAAAGACGGCAAGUCUUAAACAAUGGUGCUGCUACAAGUCAUCCUGACAGGCUGCACUGCGCAUGUGAGCAGAGAUUUGAAGUCAGGCAGGUGGAAGAUGAGUGGCUCUCCUCCAGCUGUGACCUCAGAUGAUCCCUCCUCUUCCUCUCUGUGCUCCAGUUUCCAGGGUUUGAAGCUCUCCGCAGCUCUCUGACUCACAACAACGGAUCGGUCACUUUUCUCAGCUGCUUCAAGUCGGACACAACCAGAGUCAUCCGAACCGGCAGAACUACUCAUCCAGACUGAAAAACCCAGAAGAGCCGCACAUCACAAGUGGUUACCAUGUCUGGCGAAGAGGCUCCAACUCAGCAGCAACAACCUGAGCAGGAGAAGCAGCCGGAGGAGCCUCCACCAGCUGCAGCUGCUGCUGCUCCAGCUGCGGCUCCAGAUGCUGCUGCACCGCAGGAGUCUGCGGGGAGCAUACCCGCAGCCGAGGAGAAGCGCCUCUCCUUCAGGGCUCUGGUCCUCACCGGGCACGGCGGGUAUGACAAAGUGAAGCUGCAGGUGAAGACGCAGCCUGAGCCGCAGCUGAAGGCGGGAGAGGUCCUGGUGCGGGUCAAGGCGUGCGGGCUGAACUUCGCCGAGCUGCUGGGCAGACAGGGGCUGUACGAGCUGCUGCCCGCCCCGCCGGUCGUGAUGGGAAUGGAGGGCUCCGGGGUCAUCGAGGCGGUCGGGGAGGAUGUGAAGGACCGGAAAGUGGGGGAUCGUGUCAUCGUGAUGAGCCGCAGUGGCAUGUGGCAGGAAGUGGUCGUUGCGCCCGCCAGCCACACAUUCCCCAUGCCGGAGCAGAUGAGCUUUGAGGAAGGCGCUGCUAUCCCCAUCAACUACAUGACCGCCUACAUGAUGUUGUUUGAGAUGGCCAAUCUGAGGCCGGGCAAGAGCGUUCUCGUCCACAUGGCAGCAGGUGGGGUCGGUGUCGCUGCUACCCAGCUGUGUCAGACGGUGCCAGAUGUGACCGUUUUUGGCACGGCGUCAGCCUCCAAACACGAGACCAUCGCCGAAGGCGGAGUAACUCAUCCCAUCGACUACCGCACCAAAGACUACGUGGAGGAAAUCCGCAAAAUCAGCCCCAAGGGAGUGGACAUCGUCCUCGACCCACUCGGAGGUCUGGACACUCAGAAAGGUUUUAGUUUGCUGAAACCUUUGGGCAUGCUCAUAGUCUUUGGUGCGGCUAACUGUGUGACGGGCCAGAAGAAGAACCUGUUGGCCAUGGCUAAGACCUGGUACAACCAGCUCUCUCUCAACACGCUGAAGCUGAUGCAGGCCAACAAGGCCGUGUGUGGCUUCCACCUGGGCUACAUCACCGACGAGCAGCUCCUGAGCAGCAACAUGUCCAAGCUGCUGGAGCUGUAUGGGCAGGGGAAGAUCAAGCCCCGCAUCGACUCAUGCUACCACUUCGAAGAGGUGACGGAUGCCAUGAGGCGCAUGCAUGAACGCCAAAACAUCGGGAAAGUCAUCCUUCUUCCUGAACCGAAGAAGGUGGAGGAAGAGAAGCCAAAGUCCGACCCCGAGCCGGUAGAAAAUGUGGAAAAAUCCGAAGCUGCCGUCAGCGAGAAGAAAGAAGAGGCCACAGAGGAAGUAAAAGCAGAGAAAGAUUGAGUAAGAGUGAUUGUUUGAAUGAUAUUUUUGAGCACAUCCUCAGUAAGUUCCUUGUUGUACAAAAAAAAAUAGGAAAGAAAAGAGAAGCAACGGUCGCCAUGAAUUCUUUGACUUUAUCAGUCUUUUCAAAAUGUUUAUCAAGAUCUUGUUGUGCAAUAUGUCAAAUGAGUGUCGUGUUUAUGUGGGAGAUACUUGUGGUUGAAAUAAAAAUUGAGUGUCAUAUUA